ACUAGAGGACCUCAUUGCCGGGUGGCUACAGGCCGAGUGGAUUCGGGAAUAUUGUAGCCGAACCGAACCGGCCGAACCCCUAAGGAGAACCGCGGCUUUUAUUGGACUGUAGCAUCCUGGGCAUCCCUGGGAUUGUUGCGGGGCCAGCAGCGUUGAAGUCGACAGAGGGGGGGACACUGCAGGGGGACAACAACGAACCGAGCAACCCGAACCAGGCUGUAGAUCCUGAUGGAGCUGGAGAUUACCAGAUCCGACCUGGGAGCCAUGGCCGAGUCAUUGCAACCCCAAACCCCGAGCAGACACGAGAAGAGUCUCGGAUUGCUAACAACCAAAUUUGUUACUUUACUCCAAGAGGCCAAGGACGGAGUUCUAGACCUGAAAGUAGCGGCCGACACCCUCGCUGUGAGGCAGAAGAGGCGCAUUUAUGACAUCACCAACGUGCUGGAGGGCAUCGGUCUCAUCGAGAAGAAGUCCAAGAACAGCAUUCAGUGGAAGGGCGUCGGUCCCGGUUGCAACACGCGGGAGAUCGCGGACAAGCUGAUCGACCUGAAGGCGGAGCUGGAGGACCUGGACCGGCGGGAACAAGAGCUGGACCAGCAGCGUGUCUGGGUCCAGCAGAGCAUCAAGAACGUGACCGACGACACGCAGAACAGCAAGCUGGCUUACGUUACCCACGAGGACAUCUGCGGCUGCUUCAAAGGUGACACCCUCCUGGCGAUCCGGGCCCCCUCAGGCACACAGCUGGAGGUGCCCAUCCCAGAGGCACAGGCCUUGAACAGCCAGAAGAAGUAUCAGAUCCACUUGAAGAGCACUUCCGGUGCCAUCGAGGUCCUAUUGGUCAACAAGGACACGUCUGGCUCCGCCCCCGUGGUUCUGCCCGUCCCCCCGCCAGAGGACAUGUUCCAGAGCCUGCCCACCCCCCCUGCCACGGGCACCGCCCCCAAGGGUGAAACCCCACCCACCCAGCCCACGGCAGACCAAUUGCCAUCCUCCGCCGCCGCCUCGCCCGUCUCCACCCCCAUGGGGCCCACUCCCGAAGCUUCCAGCACCAACGCCAGCACGCUUGAGCUUGCCCCGCCCACCGGAGACACACCGGCCAGUGAGACGUCCUCAUUGGACACCCAGCCCCUCCAAUCUUCUGCCUCAUUGGACAGCAGCUCCUCUCUCCCGGCCUCCUCCACAGUCUUCGAACCAAUCAAGUCAGAUCCUUCAGAAAUGCUGGACUUUCCUAAAGAACUCUCUGAGAUGUUUGAUCCAACUAAGGAAAUCAUGAGCCCUGACCUUUUGGAAGAGCUCAUGGCUUCAGAAGUGUUCUCUCCUCUCCUCCGCCUCUCUCCGCCCCCCGGUGACCAUGACUACAUCUAUAACCUGGAUGAAACCGAAGGCCUCUGUGACCUGUUUGAUGUCCCCAUCCUUAACCUUUGACCCCGAAGCUCUGCCAUUGGGGCAUGUGAAUAGGGAUUUAACAGGAAGAAAGUAAAAUUUGACGAUACAAGAUUAAAGAAUAUAUUUUUGGAUUCUUGCAUUUAUAAGCUGAUUUGGAUCAACAUUUUUUUUUUUUUUUAUCACUCUUUCAAGCCUCACCUCACUUCCCAAACCGCAAGACUUUUCUGUGCUCGUGACAGCAAAGGCUUCUGGGAGAUCCGCGCUUCCAGCCUCCCCGCUUCAGUGCUGGCGUACACAUUGCAUAUGUGACCGAGACCCUUUUAAUGUCAUCAACACCAAUCUUAUUUAUAGAACCCACAUGUAAGUGGAUGAUGAGUAUAGUACUUUUUUUUUUUUUUUUUUUUGUCUUUCUCUCUUUGUUUGAGGAGCCUGUUUUGCAUUUUGAACUGAGAUGGAGCAAAGAGACGUGGUGGAAACCGGCACUGCCCCCUCUGCAUGGUGAGCGGGAACGGAAGCUUCCUCUUUGCAGUUAAACUUCUGUCCAGGAGAUGGCGCCAGAGGACAGACAUGAGGUUCAGACAACUGCAGUAACACUUCUGUCCAGAGUAAUAAACAGAGUGUCUGGCAGGCACAUACCAGCAACCACCACUUUCCCCUCAGAGUCCUGAAUGCUAUCAGUUUUGAUACAGCAAUCCGUCCUGUCAUUGCAUAUACCACCAGCCACUAGGCUUCUUCUUUAAAAAAGGGGUUUGACACUUUAUUUUGCUUGUAGUUCAAGACUAUUGUACAUUUGUCAGAAGGUAUUUUGCAACCUUUUUUCCCCCAAAAAAAGCUAUUCAUAUGUUUUUAAACCGAAAUUGUUUUUCUGUGCGUGUUUGUCAACAAGAGCGAAUUAAUGAAAUGAAUUGUAGUCCAAAGCCGUAAUGCUCAUAUGUUUUCAAACUUUUGUUCAUAUUCAUAAAAUGUGCGCUUGUUUAGCGGGCGACAAGUGUCACUAUGCAGAAUGUACAUUGUGUUAAGUUUUUUGGAUUCAAAUACUUUUCUGCAUUUGACUAGGCUUGCUUGGUGUAUUGCAGCUUAGUAGCUAUGGUUCAUUAUUGGGACAUGGAAGGUUGGUGGUACAAGCCUUUGUGUUAACAUAAAAUGGACCCCUAACCCCAUAUUGCUCCAGGGGGGAUUAUCCCCUGCUUGGUCUCUAAGGGGCAGUUAAAUAACUGUAAUGUAAAUGUAACGGAACAAAUUGGAAAUAAUCCCAAAAGUGUAAACCUCCUCCUGGAGGCUCAAAAAUUCAACAGGCAAGAUCACCAGAGCACAGAAAAGUAUUUGAAUCAAAACCAAAUAAUAUUAGAGACCAGGCGUGGAUGAGAGAGAUCACUGGCCCUGGCUGAGUGGGUAAUCUGACUCCUGGUGUUCUGGUCCUUCCUGCAGUCACAAACUAAGCUGAAUAUAUUUCAUGUUUUAAGUGUCUAGAUUGACCUGUAUGUUAGGCUUAAAGUACUGCUUUAAGCAAAAUAUGCCAGCCCAUGAGUUAUUUUAAAAUGUGGUUUCGCACAAAGAAAAAUAACAAAUGUUAUCUGAUGAGAAGUCGCCUUUUCUGCUUUUACAGAAUUAGUUCAAUUGUUUCUGCAUUAACAUAACUCCCUUAUUUCCUCUUGUAAUAGCACAAGGAUAUAGACUGACAUUUCUUGUGCUGCAGGUCAGGGUUACAUAUGUAAUGGUGCUUUGAUUAUCGUCAGAAAUGGAUUCCAUGAUUACUGUCAGGUCUGUGAGGUUAAGGGCGUUCAGGAGACUCUUAAAACACAGGUCUGGUGUUCAAUCCUCCUCUGACCCCUGAUCCAUCGGUAUGGAAAGGCAAAAAGGUUAGGCAGGCAUUGAAUCUUCACUGUCACUUCUGUUGUGUCGCACAAGGUCAGUUUUUAUUGACUUUAAUUUCUUACAGAGGCUGGUCUUGCUUUCGGAAUGCCUUCGCGAACUUGGUGACCUUUCAAACCGUUGUCUGCCCAAAUGUGCAAGAAGCAAGUUACCCAUUAAUGAGUAUGAGCUAAGAGAAGCCCAUCUGAAUAAUUCUUAUAAGCAAUCAAAAUAGUUUGCUAGCUAUUUUGAUGGACUUCAGCACUUAAUGUUGUGAAUAGAAAAGCAGACAGAUCAAGGUUGGAAUCAUCAUUUAAUUUGCUUGGUCCUUCUGUUAAGUCACAGUCAGGGUGAAGCCACGUGAUGGGUCAUGUGAUAUACUAAUAACCCUUUCCCCCGUGAGAUUGGAUCAGCUCUGGUCUAUUGGUCAGUUACUGCAGGAGAGGCCAGGCUUUGGCUCGCCAGUUCUUGACACCUUUUUGUUUUAUUUUUGCUAAAUGUUCAUGAGUUCGCUGGUCACCAGUGUGUGCUCCAGCGAGCCACAUGGGAAAGUGUGUGUUCUGUCAUAAAACCCAAGAACCCGCAGUCCCUGCAACUGUCGGUUCAGGAAAGAUGGUUGCAUCGACUCAAAGCCACACAAAAAAAGAAGAAAUUAUAAUCAUCUAACUGCAAGUGAUACCGACCGUGCACAGCAGGGAAAAUCCAAAAAAAGUUGUGUAAGUGUUUUCAGCGUUGAUCAGGUUUCUCCGUGGAUCAGGUUUCUCCGUGUUGGGUAGCGCCUCUGGUCCUGAACGGAGGCCAUUUUGUUUUGGGAGUAGAAGGGUUCUACCUGAGCCUGGCCUGUCACCAUGGCAAUGUCCUUGGGAUGGGGAGGAAAGGGGUGGAGUUCUGUCGGCAGCUGAACAAUAUGCAUUGGGUGACACUGCAGAUUCCUUUUAUCCGUUUUAUUUUGUUGUUUUGUUUUUUGUUUUUGGUGUGUCUUUAAUUGUUUUAUCAGCAUUGUCCUCUUAUGCCUCCACUCACAUUGAAGUUGUUAUAUUUGUGCUGCCUAAAUGACUGGCUGGACUGUGUGUCCCAAUAAGGACUACAUUAUUUUAUGGUUAUUUGCUAAGUCGUAUACUAUACAUGCUUGUUUUUUUUUUGGUUUUUUUGGGGGGGGGCGGAGGUUUCUGUGUGUGUGUGUGUGUGUGUGUGUGUGUGUGUGGGUGUGUGUGUGUGUGUGUGUGUGUGUGUACAGGCACUUCUGAAUGAAUGUGAAAUCAAAUUUGAUGUCUUUUUUUAAGGGAUGUGUUAAUUAAAAACUACAAAUGUUGCCAGAAUGUCACCUAAUCUCCUCAACUGUACCAUAUAUGUUUAAACUAUGAGCUAUAUUAUUUCCCAGAAGCCUGUGUGCAGUCCAGAUCAUUUAUUUUGUUUGCCGUUAUGUCUGAGAACUUAGUGCAUCUCCCUGUUGACUGUAAAUCUGCCUAGCACCAUUUUAAGUGUGUGUGUGUGUGAGAGUGUGUGAGUGUGUGAGUGUGUGAGAGAGUACAGGUGUGCAUUUGUCUGUGGGGAGAGGGUGUCCAAGUGUGUUUACUUGUUGACUUGUCCACUUGCAGGUUUUUUACUUGUUCAUGCCAUUCUAGGUGGUGCCGUUCUGUUUGUAUACAGUGAGCAUUUAUUUUUAUAUUUGUGGAAUAUACUGCAAAAUCAUUUGGUUUUGUUUUUAUAUAUACAUAUAUGUAUAUGUGUGUAUAUAUAUAUAUAUGUGUGUGUAUAUGUGUGUAUAUAUAUAUAUGUGUAUAUAUAUAUAUAUAUAUAUAUAUAUAUAUAUAUAUAUAUAUAUAUAUAUAUAUAUAUAUAUAUAUAUAAUAUAAAAAUUUGUACCAAUCCCAGUCAUCUCAAAAUGGAUAUGUACAAUAGUACUCCCAGUUAAAAAUACACCGAGACUAUUGGCGGUGAAGCUGCCCUGUAUUUUCCAGUGUGGCUUCAAUGCAAAAGCCUUUGGUGUCCAGGGAAUUCUUCCUAUAUAAAUAUAUAUAUUUUUAAAAGAAACUUCAGGAUUUGUAGAGGCUAAGCAUAUGUGAGACAAUGUUUGUAACAGAAUGGUUCUGUAUGUCUAUAGUUACUACCCCCUACUACAGAGAUUUGAAUAAAAAAACCUGAAAAGUU